UUAUAACACUGUGCAAAACUGCUUUAUUCAUUGUUCUCAAAUGGUUGUUUAGUUUAUUUCCUUAAAGUAAUCACUCAUACUGUAUUAUUAUUGUAUUCAUUCUCUAAAGUCAAUAAAUAUGCGUGUUAUCUUAGAUAAUCAUUAAUAUUUCGCAACACAGUUAUACAUUUUCCUUAUGAUGUGAAAGUAUAUUAUUUAACCUCUAUCACAUGAAUUGGAAUAUUCAUUAUAAAGUCUACAAACAGUUAGGCACAAAGCGUCUUAAAAGUCAAAAAUGGCUUUCAUUACCUCAAAAAAGAAACCUUCAUACUUCACGUACAGCAAUGGAUUCAUUAUACCCCAAAAAUUAUAUAUACCUGGUCAUCUCGAAGAAUCUUUGACUUAUAAGCCAAAAGACGAUGAUGUUUUUAUUGCCACAUAUCCGAAAUGUGGUACUACAUGGACUCAGUAUAUACUGUAUCUCAUGCUCAGUAAUGGUGUACCAUUAAGUUCUGAUGAAGAUUUCUAUUCCAUCAGCCCUCAUUUGGAAGACAAUGGGAAACAGGCUGUAAAUUCCCGUCCAAGCCCAAGACUCAUCAAAACACAUUUACCCUAUCAUUUAGUACCAAAAAGUAACAAAGCCAGAUACAUAUAUAUCACCAGAAAUCCUAAGGACUGUUGUGUUUCGUUUUACUACCAUACAAUUGGCUUUGGAAAAGUUUAUGAUUUUGAAGGUGGUACUUUCGACGACUUUUUCGAUGUGUUUUUCGAAGGAUCGGUGGACGGAGGUGAUUACUUUGACCAUCUUUUAUCUUACUAUCGUCACAGAAAUGACCCAAAUGUUUUAUUUCUUUUAUACGAGGAAUUGAUACGUGACUGUGAAGAAUGCGUGUUGAGAAUUGGGAAUUUUCUUGGAGGACCUUUUUCAGAUGCAAUUAAUGAUCCUAAGGUCCUCCAAAAUGUUUUAAAAUAUAGCAGUUUUCACGAAAUGAAAAAAUUACCUCUAUGGACUAAUAGGCCGAAAGAUUUGCAGUUUAUAAGAAAGGGAAUUGUAGGAGACUGGAAAUCAUGUCUUUCAAAAGAACAAUCCGAAAAACUGGAUCAAAAAUUUAAUUCAAAGUUGAAUGGAACAGGUGCUGAGAAUUUAUGGCAAAACUUAUGCUAAUUUAUUUCAGUUGAAACUAAAUCACCAUGAAAUAUAUGCUUAUUGAAUGAAAACCCAAAACUAAAAGACUC